GUGUUGACUGAAUUUGACUGCUCAUUUAAGUUUUUUUUUUUUAUUUUUUUAACGCGAAAGAAAAUAAUUAACAUAUCGAAACAAAGAAGAUGGGCACUUUCAGUUCAAAAACUUGUGUGGUUAGUGAAGGGUUAAUGUUGUUCGUUUAAUAUUAGCGGCUUGGUGUUAAAAUGUUGUACUAGUGGCUAUUUGCGGAGCUGUUUUGAAGUGUUUUAAGAUUUCGUGGCUAAAAUUGAAUAUUUGAAUAUUUAUUCUUGGAACGCCGACUUGGCGCCGUCGCUGCGGUGCAAAUGCUGACAUACAAGCCAGCAAAGUCAAGCGCUAACACAACUAACGCGCUCGUGCAGACCAGCUUUGAUGCUGCAAAGUCGCAUGCUACAAAUCAAACUUAGCUUAGAACUCCAGCGAGCCGCUCAUCUCAACGCCGCUGCCAACGCGCUCACAUCAUUUGUUUGCUCACAAGCUUCGUUUGAGAUUACCACUUCGUUUGGUUCUUGUAGCGUUAGCGCCAGAGCUACACGCUUUGCGCUACGCUUUUGCUUUUGUUUUUGUUUGGGCUUGAGUGUUGUUGUUAUUUUUAUUGUAACAUUCUGAAAUUUCAUACAUUACUUGUGGAGUACGCGAGCUAUCGUCUUUGCCAGCGCCGCCACCCCCUUGCGCGCGCCACCUUUCAUUACCAACACGCUUCAGCGUUCGACUUGCGCACUGGUUAGGCCGCUCACUAACGAAAGCAGCGCCAAGUCGGACAGACGCGUCGUCGUCGUCGUCGUCAUCGUCAUCGUCUCAUAAAUACAUUCGAAUAGUGUGCUAUGCGCUGCGAAUGGAAUUAGACGUGUCUCGGUGGAGCAUAUUGUACAGCGGUAAGUGAUGCUCAAAUACGGUUCAUAUACAAACAUACAAGCAUAUCUACAAACAUACAUGUGGGGAGUUGUAUGUAUGACUUGACAGAGUAAACUUCAUGAAUGUCUCUAUUGAAGUUGCUGGAAAGACGGAUCAGUGACGUGAAGGCGUGCAAUGAAGUUCAGCGAAAAAUGUGUAAAAAAGUAUAGAAAAGUGGAGUUAUGAAAAAUCACGCUACGUGUGUUAUAACGUUGGUUUAGCCACAAAUCGCCACAAAUAAAUAAAAAAAAUAUUAUAUAUACAAAAUAUUUUUUGAAAUAAAAAAUAAUAAUUAUUGAUGUAAAAAAAAAAUUAUGAAAAAGUGCCGAAAUUGUGUUUGGCGAAGCGCGUAAACCCUGCUUGCUUUAUUUUGAGGUUAUCGCCAUAGCAAAAUUUACCGUUAUGUUUAGCAAAAAGUAAAUAAAAUAAUCAGAAGCAAGAAAAUACGAAAAUAUAUAAUACAACAAACAUAUAAAAGUAGUGUGUAAAGUGCUUUUCGAAGUUGUGUUGUGCAAUAAAUUCGCAUAAAGUUGUGAAUUCGAAGUUCGAAGUGAAGUACACGCAUACACAUCUACAUUGUAUUAGCAUACGCGCUUACGCAUGGAGUAGUGUUUGAGAAAAUGCACAGAUGUUUGUUGGAUUUUGCGAAACGCAACUUCAUUUAAACAAAAACGCUAGCGGGGAAGAGCAGCGAGCAGAGUAAAGGCGGCGGCAAAGCGCGCAGCGAGCGUACGUGCUACCAGAACAACCGCACCGAGUGGUGUAGCAGGCAAAUUUUGCAGAUUCUGACAGUGGGUGAAAAAUCCAUGGAUUUCCUGGCCAUAAAUCCUGUCGUUUACGAGGAAUUGCUUCAUGGCCAAGUAGUCUUCCUUAUUAACAGUUUGAUCCUGUGGGCGGAAUACUUGUACCAAUAGAUUCAUCGAUUUUCUCAGAGAAUCAGGACCGUCACAUUCUUACGGGAUUCCCUGACAUCCAGAAAAAGUUACUGUCUGUUGUGGUUUAAAAAACGAUGACAUCAUUGAUCCAUAUUUGAUUACAACUGAAAAUGGAACCAACAUUGCUGUUAAUGAUGGGGACUACAGUAAAAGAUUACGCGAGUUUUUUGUCUACAUCAUAAAAUAUUCUUCAAGUGCCGUAAACGCAGUUAAACGUCAGUAAAGAAAUCCGCAUCAUUUCGCUUUAGCAAGAAAUCACCAAAGAAAAUGGAUCGUUUGCGUCGAUCCUUUCGCGAUUCGUUUCGUCGUCGGAAGGACCGUGUGCCCGAAUCAUCGAAACCGCAUCAAUGGCAGGCUGACGAGGAGGCUGUACGUUCGGCGACCUGUUCGUUUGCGGUUAAAUAUUUGGGUUGCGUUGAGGUAUUCGAAUCGCGCGGUAUGCAAGUUUGCGAGGAGGCCCUAAAAGUAUUGAGGAAUUCGCGCCGCCGACCCAUACGUGGUGUGCUGCACGUUAGCGGCGAUGGACUGCGCGUUGUGGACGAUGAGACGAAGGGCCUCAUUGUCGAUCAGACUAUCGAGAAAGUGAGCUUCUGUGCGCCAGAUCGUAACCACGAGCGCGGUUUCAGUUACAUUUGUCGCGAUGGCACAACACGGCGUUGGAUGUGUCACGGAUUUCUAGCAUGCAAAGAGCUCGGCGAGCGGCUCUCACAUGCCGUCGGUUGUGCAUUUGCCGUCUGUUUGGAACGUAAACAGCGACGCGACAAAGAAUGUGGCGUCACAAUGACAUUCGAUGUGAAGAAUUCGACAUUUACGCGUACGGGUUCGUUCCGUCAGCAAACGUUGACUGAACGUUUGGCACAAGGUGAGACACCAUCCGCUGCAGUGCCACCACAGCCCAAACCAUACAAUCCGUUCGCUAUUGAACGGCCACAUGCCACACCAUCGAUGUUGGAGCGUCAGGGCUCGUUUCGUGCAUUCAGCACCAUUGGCAGUCAAUCGCCGUUCAAACGGCAGAUGUCAUUACGCAUCAACGAUCUUCCGUCCAAUACCGAACGGCAGAAGGCAUUUAUGGCAGCUGCCACCGGUGGUGGUUCCCUCGCCGCAGCGUUAGCUACACCCAAUCGUAGUGUUUCACCAAUACCAGAGAUCUCACCAGCUAAAAUGGGCAUUUCAGAUAUGGAUAAUGGCUGUGCCACCAUUGACACCGUUAGCCAGUUAUGUCAAGAGCUCAGUCAGGGUCUAUCGUUGCUCAGUCAAACCGAUGCAAUGAUUGCGGCUGGCGAUGAUCUCAAUUUCAAUAACAAUUUGAGCAUUAAUCAGAAUAUCAUUGCCGCUGAGAAGACGCAGCAGCAACAACAACAGAAGGGAAUCUCUACACCAACAUCAUUGCCGUUAGCUAGCAGUAGCAGUCAUAGCAUUACCGCUGCUGUUGCUACCAGCAGAGUUUACGAAUAUGCUGAGGGUGCAGUGAGCAAUAAUUCGAUUGUUGGUGGUGCGGUCACCACCACCACACCAACAGCACAAAUAGCGCCACGCAUUUCGUCGGUAUCGCCAGUAGCUACCAAUUCGCCAGUACGUACACCAACAACACCAACGUUAACAAUAACACCACCGCCACCAUUGCCAGCUGGUCGCCCCGUGGAGAUGGUCGCACCACUGCCCAAUGCGGAUCAAUGGCUCGGCGAAGUGGUGAAGAAGACAUCACCGGCAGUUAUUAAACGUGCAACACGUAUGCUCAACUCAACCGGUCGUACGCAAUCGAUGAGCGCUGCAUCACCAUUGGGUGUGGAUCCAUUCGAUGCCGAGUGGGUGGCCGGCGUCACAAAGCCACUGUCACCCGAUCUACCCGUGGCAGCCACAACGCCAGUGGCGUCUGCAGUUACGCCUGUCGCUAGCAGUACAGCUGCACCAAUACACCACAGUACCAAUCCAUUUAUAUCACCGCCGAAGGUACCGGCGCAAACAUUCCAGGUGCAGCUGUAGAUGCAGUAGACGAGGUGUACAAGCCUCGUGCUAGUAGUUGAUGAUAUCAGUGAGGUAGCACAUGUGUUCGAUUUGUGUAAUUCAUGGAGUAGAUUAGCAACUCAUAUAAUGUUAGGUGUGCAGCGAGAUUGCAAAAAUGACAUGGGGCUCUAGAGAAAUGAUGUUGUUAAAGCAAAAUGAGAGUGAGCGGACUAACAAAUGUAAAGAAAAUGUGUAAAUGGAAUUGCAUGCACUGCCAAGAAUUUUUUUAUGCAAAAAUAGUAAUUCAUCUUUUUUAAACUUCAGAUUUAGUGCUGAACUACUUUAAAUGUAGCUAGUUAUUUUUGGAUCAGUUCCUAAAUUUUGAGUGAAUAUUAGAAUUUCCUGUGUAAAUACACUGUAUGAUAAAAUAGAUUCAAAUUUAAGAAAAUUACACUAGUUACUUUUGGACCAGUUUCGUAAAUUUUAACGAACUUCCAAAAUAAUUUUAAGUUUUUUAAAAAGACGCGUGUUUUAAAUGCAGAGCUAAAAUAUUUUGCUAAUAUUUAUUUCAUUUCACUCAUUGUGAAUAUUAUUUUUGCUAAUUGUAAAUAUUAUAAAUUUAAUAUUUAGUUUUAUAAUAAAUUUUACCAAUUAAUUAAUUUAUAUGAAUUAAUAUUCACUAAUUGCAAAUGAUUGUAAAUAACAUGCAAUAAUAUUUUGCUGUCAAUGUAAUUUUUGUGAAUUAAGACAUUCCCUAAUAUUCUAUAAAUGCACUAAAAGCGAACUGGCUGCUUUUGAACUACAUAUAUAACUAGUAUUCAUUGAAAUAUUAUAUAAAUGAAUUGACGUUGCGUAAUAUGUAAAAAUUGAUAUUAAGUUACACAGUGUUGACUAGGUAUUUUUUGACUGGUUCGAGAACUAGUUUUUUAACUGCUGAUAAAUUAUUUUUUGUUUAAUUUUGAUUACAAAACACGAAUUAAUUUUGUUAAGUUUUUCCAAAAAUAAUUAAUAUUUUAAAAUACUUGUUGGCUAGUGAAAUAUGUGGUGUUUACUCUUGAAGCAAAUCGUGUACUUAGCAUAUAAACGCAAUUCUAAUAAUAUUUUUUAGUUUCCUUGGAGAAUAUACAAAUAAUUACAUAUAUACAAAUAUACUUGUAUAUGUGUAUAUACAUGUAAAUUUAUUUCAAUAUAACAAACCCUUUGAAAACCUAGUAGUUCAUUUGCUACUAGUUCGUAUUUUCAAGUGUUGAAUAUAUUCUAAUAUCGAAAAAAAAAACAGUUCAAUAUAAAAAGUUUAUAAUUUCCUACAACGUUAACUAAAAAAAAUUAACGAGUUACUUUUGAACCAGUUAUGUUACUAGUUACUUUCAGAAUUAUAUUUUAAUUUUUUUCAGUGUAUGCAAUUCUAAACUAAUAAAAAGGCAGGUUUGCUAUUUAAACUCAAAUUUUUGUAAGCACCAUCAGUAGAGCACCCAAAACAGAAACAUAAAGUUAUCUAUGUAAAUUACAUAUUUGAGUUGCUAUAAAUGUUACUGCAGAUUAGAUGAAGAGAUAAACAAUGUUAUUAUAUUAUCUACUGCUAAAUUAUUAAUGUUAUAUGUACUUAAAUAGUUUAUAAAUGAAUUAACACUUAAUCGAUGAACAGCUGAAACAGAAUUACUUAAAGUAAUGGGCGAAACAGAGAACACACACUUACAUAAUUAUAAAAAAAAAUCAUAUAAUUAUAAAAAAAUUAUAUAAUUACCCAAAAAUAUGUAAUUAUGUCAAAAAUAUAUAUAAUUAUAUGAAAAAUAUAAAUAAUUAUAUGAAAAAUAAAAAAGAUGCAAAAAAUUAAUGAAAAAAUGCAAGAAACAAAUAAAAAAUAAAUUUAAAAAAAAUUCAAUAAAGCUGGGCAGCACGCCAAGUGAUAACCGAGACAGCAUAGAAAUAUGUAGUAAAAUAGUAUAGCGAAAGAAAUACAUAUAUAAAAGACGUUAGAUUAUGUAUUCAAAAUAUAUACAUCUAAAAUAUCAAUUAUCAAUUACAAGGCAGUAAUUAAUAAAAUUAAAAAACAUAUAUAUAUUAAUUAAUAAAAGCACACAGAAGAGCAAAGAAAAAAUGUACGCAUUGCAACACACGCUGUUAUUUGAAUUAUUAAUGUUAACUGUAAAUGUACUUAAAUGGCUUAUGGCAUGAAAAAAUAAAAACCGAAACGCAUACAUACAUAAAAGUGUGAAAAAUUAGUAAUAAAUAAAGUAUAAAGCUUACUUAGUAAAAGAUUAAAUGCAGCUAGAAAUAAAUAUACGCAGUUAAAAAUACAGUAGCUCACUAACGCACAUACAUACAUGUAUAAAAAUGUAUGUGUGAAUUAGAGAGACACUGUAGCAUUACAUACUAUCCACUAGAAAAUGUAGCCAACAUAUGUGUACGUCAUUUAAUUUUAAUUUUAACAAAUUUUACUUAAUUUUUUUUUAAUUUCUCUUAUAGUACACUUGCCUUUCUCGCUUAAUUUUCUGUUAAAAACAUGCAUAAAACUAAUAAAAAUGAUUGGAAAUAUAAGAAAGUUAUUAAAAAAUUAAUAAAUCAAUUAAAAUGUAACUAAAAAAUAUUAAUAAAUAAUUAAAAAAUAAUUAAAGAUAGUUAAAAAAAUUAAUAAAACAAUUGAAAAAAAUUAUUACAAAAUUAAAAAGUAAUUAAAAACAAUUAAAGAUAAUUAAAAAAUAGUUGAAAAUAUUAAAAAAAAUAUUUAAAGAUAAUUAAAAAAUAAAUAAAAAUAUUAAAAAGUAAUUAAAAAAUAAUUAAAAAAUAAUUAAAAUUAAUUAAAAAAUUAUUGAAAAUAUUUAAAUACAUUUGAAAAAUAAUUAAAAAGUAAUUAAAAAUAUCAAAUAACAAUUAAAGAUAAUUAAAAUAACAAUUGAAAAUAUUGACAAAUUAUCGAAAAUAAUUGAAAAUACUAAAAAUUUAUUUUAAAAAUUUAUAAAAUUAAUUAAUUAAUUUAAAUUAAUUAAAAGCAUCAAAAAACAAUUACUAAAAAUUUAUAAAAAUUAUGAAAUUAAUUUAAUUUGUACAAAUUGUAUUAUACUAUCUUUAAAACUUAAAAACAAAAAUAUUAGUUUUACGCUACUGCAUAUUGUUAUCGUAUUUAGUUGUAUGUACGUAUGUAUAUGUAAGCAUGUAAAACUUGAAGCAGUCGAAACAGUAAACUACUACAAUGUAUGUACGAUUUGUUUAUACAUAUAUACAACUAAACUAUGAAUAAAAAUAUUUACUUAAAAAGAAUAAAAAAAAAAACACAACCCUGCAUAUUUACUUGAAAUGUAAUUGAAGAGUAAAAACAAAAACAAAAAAAGUAAAUAAAUGAAAUAAUGCUUUAA